AUGCGACCAUUCUACGAUGCGUCGGAACUUCCGCGAUCUCCACUCUUUAGUGAGAAGCACCGUGUGUCUCGACCUUUCAUGGCGGAUAUUCAAGCAGAUCACAAGAAAGAGAAGGAAGAGGCAAAGGCAACGACGAAGAAGGAUACUUGA